UUUGACCAGUCAGUAUUGCUCUUAUGGUACAUCGAACAUGACAGACAGUAUACAUGUUCUGGAUCUGGAAGAUGAUUGCUGGUCUCAGCUUGAAGAUUAUAGGCUUCUGCUUAUCAAGACCAUUGAGCCAACGCGAAUCACACCAUAUCUGCGGCAGUGUCGGGUACUGAGCAGCGAGGAUGAGGAGCAGAUUUAUAAUGAUCCCAAUCUUGUCAUCCGAAGACGAAAAGUUGGUGUAUUACUUGAUAUUCUCCAAAGAACUGGCACUAAGGGGUAUGUUGCGUUCCUGGAGAGCCUGGAGAUAGACUAUCCUCAACUGUAUCAAAAGAUCACAGGGAAGGAGCCUGCGCGUGUCUUCUCCAUACUAGUUGAUGAAGCAGGUGAGUCGGGCCUUACACAGUACUUAAUGAGCGAGGUGACACGUUUGCAGAAGCAAGUGGAGGAGGAGCGGAGACGACAUCAGGAGGCGUCCAAGCGGAUUGCAAUAUUAGACGACACUGUCAGGGAGCAGCAGGUGCGAGAGAAGGAACUCCGGAAACAAAAGGAACGUGUUCAACGCUUGCGAGAGGAACGCGACCGUCUGUGGGAUGAGAUGCGCCAACUGAAGGAUGAGAACUACAGUCUGAUGCAUAAUAUCACAAGGCUGAGUGAGGAAAAAAACGGUGCACUCAUGAGUAACCGAGACUUGCAGCUCAAUAUUGAGAAGCUUAAGCACAACUUGAUGAAUGCUGAAAGUGUCUCUGAGAUCCAGCGCAAGCGUACAAUUACCCUUAAAAAAGGCACAAUCCGGAAACUUCAGAAAGAGAAUGACCAUCUCGCAGCACGCCUUCAAGAGAUGGAACAUACUAGACAGGAACCAACAACACCUGAUGAACAAGAAAUGAGCCGUCAGGUAAUGGAAGACUACAAGCAGCACGCUCACAUACAAUACCAGGAGCUUGUGAACAGCCUCUGCACAUUACGUAGAGAGCUUAAGGAGGCUGAACAGAUGUGCAGCAAGUACUCUGAGGAGAAGGAAGUUCUUGAGCUCAAGAAUACCAUGUUGAGGAAAGACUCCCGAAUGUACCAGGAUCGCAUGGAAGACAUUUUAAAGCAGAUGGAACAAGUCAUUGAGGAGAGGAAUAAGGCAAUGUCAACUAGAGAGGAAUACCACAAGGAGAUUGCACAAAACCUUCAGGAUAAGGACCAGUAUCGCAAGCAGAUCCGUGAGCUGGGGGAGAAGUGUGAUGAGCUGCAGGUCCAGCUUCUGCGCACCCAGGGAGAGGUUCUAUCAUUACAGAACCAGCUAAGACGACAGCACUGCACUUACCAGGCAUCAGACUUUGAGGACAGUUCCUUGGCAAGCUCUUUUGAGUUGAGAAGCCAGACAAGUGAGGAAGAGGGCUUAACUAAAGCCAAAAAUGAAUCACAGUCUAAAGCAUCAGAGGAACAUGAUGUUUGCAAAACGGAUGAUGGUGGUCUUCCUCAACACAAGAAAGCAGAUGAAGACACAGACAAGAUGUUAAAAGAAGAACUGCCUUAUAGCUGUAGACCAAGGGCAAACUUCUACUACAGAAGAAAACGUGCUGUCAGGGCAAAACCCGCAGCUAAUGUACAUGCUCCAUGUCAGCUGGAGCACACCAGUGGAAGUGAGAAUAGUGACACGGAUGGAUUCGGAUGACAAAGAUUGGGACAUAAGAUUCCUGUUUAAAGUACACAGUUAAUGUCAGCUGAUCAUUUAUGCAUGUUUGAGUUAUGUUUACUGUUCUAUUAUUAAAUGGUGGUAAACAUGCAA